GGAACUGAGCACAUGUUUAUCAGUUGUUGGUGCCUUCAUGAUCAUCUGUUAAAGCUGCUGCUGCAUACUGCAGUGGGGAUGGGCGCUUGCGCGAACAGGAGGAUUUAUUUCGGUCAUGCAAAGAAAGAUAACGGGGUGAGCAGCCUGUGCAUUAGACGUACUACUCUGCUCUGGUUGUAGUGUGUCGUUUGGAUAAACUGCUACUGUGAAUCAAAAGUGUUCCGUGGUGUCUUUCUACAUGAUAAACAUUCGUUCGCUUAUCGGUAAUACGCUCCGCCUGAGCAGUGUAUGACGCUACAAGUAAAUUCUAGGGUAUGGGUUUCUACUGGAUGUGAAGGAGGGCUUGAAGCCAAGCCCGCCCUCUCGAGACUUACUUCGUGCUUGCACUGCCUUCUCAGGAGCUUUACACGUAAAUGCAAGACGAAUAACCCUCAGUGCCCUGCGGAACUGCGCGGUGCACGUCGAAGAAAAGUGACAAUGAAGUGACAGUCCGACGCUCGCCGAUUAUCGCCGACCUGUCCAUGGUUAUCGCGGUGAAACGGCAGUGAGUUGACCCCUAUCCCUUGCCACUCAAGAAGAAGAAGCCGAAAAGCUGAAGACCAGAUCGAGCUAGUGAAGUCUGAUCUUGCCAUGCCAACCGCGGAUGCAGAGCCGAGCAUCGGCACGGAGCCUCUAGCCCCGGUCUCAGAGAACCAACCCCAGGGUGAACGCGCAGUGAGUGUGCUGUGGUCGUUUGGGAAAUGCCUGGGUGCUCUGCUACCAGUGUACCUGGCCGGAUAUUAUGGCUUCAGCGUCACCAUUGUUCUGUUCGGUCUGGUGAUCUACAUGGGAUGGAAACACGGGCGACAAGGGAAAGUGAUGAGGCUCAAGUCUGCCAUGUACCUCCUGGAGAACGAGAAGGAAUUCACCACUCAAACGGUUUUCAGAGCCAAAAGAGAUUUGCCUCCCUGGGUCAACUUUCCAGAUGUGGAAAAAGUUGAGUGGGUCAAUAAGAUCCUGCAGCAGGCUUGGCCCUUUAUUGGCCAGUAUCUGGAGAAGUUACUUGUGGAAAUCGUUGCUCCUGCCAUCCGUACUUCUAGCAUUCAUCUGCAGACUCUGAGCUUCACCAAGGUUAACAUAGGCGACAAGGCGCUGAAGGUGGCUGGCGUAAAGGCUCAUACGGAAAAUGAUAAGAGACAAGUUAUGUUGGAUUUGUACUUAAGCUAUGCCGGUGAUGUUGAGAUCAAUGUUGAAAUCAAAAAGUACUUUUGCAAAGCUGGAGUAAAAGGAGUCCAGCUCCACGGGAUGCUGCGUGUGAUCCUUGAGCCUCUGAUUGGAAACGUACCGCUGGUUGGAGCUGUCACAAUGUUCUUCAUUCGCAGGCCUAAACUGGACAUCAACUGGACUGGACUUACCAACCUCUUGGAUAUCCCUGGAUUGAAUGCCAUGUCGGACACUAUGAUAAUGGAUGCAAUUGCCUCCCACCUGGUGCUCCCCAAUCGUCUCACUAUUCCCUUGGUGGCCGACCUGCACGUUGCGCAACUCCGCUCCCCUCUCCCAAGGGGAGUUGUGCGUAUUCACCUGCUGGAGGCUGAGGAACUGACCGCCAAGGACACAGUCAUCAAGGGCUUAAUCGAUGGGAAGUCAGACCCAUACGCUGUGCUGCGUGUUGGAACCCAGAUUUUCACCUCUCAUCACGUCGACAGCAACCUGAACCCGCAGUGGAGGGAGAUGUAUGAGGUGAUUGUCCAUGAAGUACCUGGUCAGGAGUUGGAAGUGGAAGUAUUUGACAAAGACCCAGACCAGGAUGACUUCCUGGGGAGGGUCAAAAUUGAUCUUGAUAUUGUAAAGAAGGCCAGAGUUGUGGAUGAUUGGUUUGAUCUGAGGGACGUCGCAUCUGGCAGUGUUCACCUCCGGCUUGAGUGGCUCUCUCUGCUGUCCUCUGCUGACAGACUGAGUGAGGUGAUUGCGAAGAAUCAGAAUUUGACCAGUAAGAUGGUUGAACCUCCGUCUGCUGCCAUCCUAGCCGUCUAUCUCGAUCAGGCUUAUCAGCUGCCUAUGAGAAAAGGUAAUAAGGACCCGAGCCCGAUGGUACAGAUUUCUGUUCAGGAUAAAACUAAAGAGAGCAAGACUUGCUACGGUACAACCAGCCCAGUGUGGGAAGAUGCUUUUACCUUCUUCAUUAAGGAUCCUCACAAACAAAAUAUCGACAUUCAGGUAAAAGAUGACGACCGAGCUCUGCGCUUGGGCAGUCUAAAAAUCCCUCUGGCCCGUCUUGUUGGGAUGCCCGAGCUCACCAUGGACCAGUGGUUCCAGUUGGAGAAUUCGGGUUCAGCCAGCCGCAUCUUCAUCAAAAUUGUGCUGAGGGUUUUGUGGCUAAGUGAUGAUGCCAGUCCUACAACUCCUUCUCCUCGCCCCACAGACCCUGGGUCCACAUCAGGUCAGGGGGGAACUACAUCAGACCAGAACCCUUCAGGACCCGGUGGGUCGACUAAACCUCAGCCAACACGACCACAGAACACCACCCCCGAUCCAGAGUUUGGAACUGAGGGAGUGUUGCGAAUCCAUCUGGUGGAGGCCCAAAACCUGAUUGCCAAGGACAACUUUAUGGGCGGCAUGAUGAAGGGGAAGAGCGACCCCUACGUCAAGAUUCGUGUCGGUGGUAUAACCUUCCGCAGCCACACCAUCAAAGAGAACCUCAACCCUGUCUGGAACGAACUCUAUGAGGUUAUUUUGACCCAGCUUCCAGGUCAAGAAAUCCAGUUUGAGUUAUUUGAUAAGGACAUUGAUCAGGAUGACUUCCUGGGAAGGUUCAAACUUAGCCUGCAAGACAUCAUCAGCGCACAAUACACCGAUACGUGGUACACUCUAAAUGAUGUGAAGUCUGGUCGAGUUCACCUAAUGCUGGAGUGGCUGCCGAGGGUCUCUGACCUAUCCAGACUGGAGCAGAUCCUGCUGCACCAGUCCCUGCAGUCUUUCCAAAACAAGGUGGUGCCAUCAGCUGCUCUGGUGUUUGUGUAUGUGGAGCGUGCCCACGGCCUUCCGCUGAAGAAGAGUGGAAAGGAGCCAAAAGUUGGAGCUGAGAUUAUCCUUAAAAAUGUUUCAUACAGAAGCAAGAUCUCUGAGCGAUCCACAUCCCCUCGAUGGGAUGAAGGCUUUCACUUUUUGGUUAGUGACCCCAGAAGUGAAAUACUCACAGUCAAGCUUUCCCACAGCUGGGGCCAGGCUCUCGGCUCUUUGACACUUCCUCUGAAGGAGGUGCUGGCUGAGACAGACUUGGUUCUGGACCGCUGGCUCAAUCUGGAUGGAGCGCUGCCAGAGAGCCAGAUACUGUUGAGGGUCGUACUUAAGAUCCUGGACACUCAGCUGGCAGUGUGUCGUGGGGCUGUAGGGGAGGCAGGUGUCGAUGACGUCAUCCCUAAAUGGGAUCCUUCUCAUCUGGACCUCAGACACAGACCUAGAUUCUCCAUAGUGAGUGACAACCCAAACUCAGCAGGACAGGUGAAGCUUACCAUCGGUUACUCCAUGGAGGAAAACCGGCUUUUCAUCACUGUUCACUCCUGCAGAGCGUUGGUAGCGCGUUCCAAGGAUGGCGCAGACCCAUAUGUUUCCUUCAUCCUGUUGCCUGACAAGAAGGCCACCACCAAGAGGAAAACUGCGACCAAGAAGAAAGACCUCAGCCCAGAAUUUAAUGAGAGGUUUGACUUUGACUUAUCACUCGAGGAAUCCUCUCAGAGAAGACUGGACCUGUCUGUGAAGAACAGUGUCUCUUUCAUCAGCCGAGAGAAGGAGCUUAUCGGCAAGUUGCAGCUGGACCUGGACCAAAUUGACCUCAAGACGGGUGUCACACAGUGGUACGACUUGGCAGCAGAGACCAACUAGAAGAAUCAAUGCCUGAUCCUCAGGCAUCUACUUUCAAACAUAAGCAUUGCUCCUGUGAUCUGUGAUUUGUGCGUGUGUAUAUUCAGCUUAAAUGAAAAUUUCCACCAUCACUGAAGAAAAAAAAAAGAUGACAUAUCUGCUCCAGAAAAACACAGUCCAUCAGUAUUUAUGAGCAAAACUUUACUUGUCGCUAAAUAUUCGUAAAGUGAUAAAUGUGCUGAAUCCAUUCUGUCUCAGGCAGAUAUUUAGGCUGAAUAAAUAUUUGAUAAUAAUGCAACUAUGUUGCACAACAAACCAAGGUUAUGUGUGUUUAAAGCAUGCAAAAAGUCCUCUUGCAUUUUAGCUUUAAAAGGGCUUAUAUAUUUGUCCAAUUUCCAAAGGUACGACAACAUUUUAUGGAUUUUCAGCAUCCAACAAAACAGAAAAACAUUUAUUUGAAUUUUAUUUUUUACAGUCUCCAAACAGUUCCUGUUAUAACUUUGUUUAUGUGGGUUUAUAUUACUGCCUUAAGUAUUUCAAAACUGUGCACAGUUUGUCAGUGUUUAUGAAAUAUGUUCCAGAUGAAGUUUUAUAUGUUUUAACCAGAACUUUCUGAAUGUUAAUUUUUUAAAUCAAAGUGUUACAAGCCUGCACCGUCAAAUUUCCACUGAGAACAGAGGUACGAUACUGUACGCAGUCUUAAUCACUGUGCUUUUACAAAGAGAAAACUUUGUAGAUGUUUCAUCCAGAGCUCCUUUGUGUUUUUAUGUGUUUGUAAUCCUAAAUGCAAAUAGCUGAUGGCUUACAGUCAUGUUUAUGCUUUGUUUUUACACGCAAAACCUGUUUUGACCUCAUGAGAAGCAGACUAUUGUCUACCUGUUCCGGGACACCUUCCAUGUCCCAUAAUGUCUCACCUCACUGCAAACACUUAGACACUGAUUUGUUGUAAAGGGUGGAAAAAACAGUGUUGAGUGUCAGAAGUAAAGAGGAAAACUGCUGUGCUUUGAUAAUUUCAACAUAUCAUCAUGCAUCUGCUAAAGCUGUUGAUUAAACUUUGCACUCCUGUGAAUCCA